AUGAACCUAAUAUUCGGGCGGUUGAAGUCAUCAAACAUAAUUAUCCUGGCAUCUUCUAAGGAAGCUGCGAAGGAAGUAAUUAUAUCAAUUACCUCAUCCUAUGUUGGUCGUAAUCCAAGUUCUGCACCAGCAACUGGAAACAAAAAACAACACGAUUAUGAAUUAGAGCGCGUAUUGUCAUGUGUGGUCGGGGAAGAGUAUAAGCUAACACCACCUAAAUCUACAGACAAGGCGUCUAAGAAACAAAAAGAAUCAGAUAAACAAUCCGACAGUGGUAGUACUAAAAGUGAUGUUCCAUCUUCACCCAACGAUUCUUCAGGUGAACCAGGUACAAGUUAUCCUGAGACACCGGAAGAUCCAAUACCAGCCCCAAAAUCAAGUGGAGGACCAAGUGCCAACCUAGCCAAACCACAGGCAGGGACGCAAGUACCAUCAAGCACAACAUCAAGUCCAGGGCCGACGACAAAACCAACCCCUGAUGCACAAUCAAAACCAAGCGCAGGGUCUAAUUCCAGCCCAACUAAGCCAGAGUCAAGUUCACCAAGUUCCGGGCCAACGUCUACAUUUUCAUCAGGAGCAGAUGUAAAACUGAAUAUGGAGUCAAAUACCACAGUUAAGCCAGAUCAAGGACCGAAAGAAAUGCCAACUCAGGGUACACGAUCGACAUCAACCUCAACUCCAGGCGCUGAGUCAAAGACAAGCACAAUGCUGAGUAACAGCUCCGCCAAACCAGCAGUAGUAGGAUCACAAACAGUGUUAAUACCAGAAACCGCAUCAAAAUCAAAUAUAGGCUCAAAACCCACUUCAAAGAAAUUGGAUUCAGAUUCGAAAUCAGCACCAACCUCAUUGUCAAGUCCCAACCCAUCUGGGUUAGCUACAAGACCGAAACCCACUGCGCCUUCAGGUACAACUACAACGACAACUCCAAUUUCAGGAGCAGUGGCAAAGUCAGCAGCAUCAGAGCCAACUCCAAGGUCAGAAUCGAUCACAUCAACUUCAGGCGCAACUGCACCACACACUCUUCCAGAAGCGCAGGCAACAGUUUCAGAUUCUCCUGUGAUGGCAGCAUCUACUCAGUCAACGUCCGGUACCUCAUCACUGCCCCAUUCGAAUUUUGAAGAAGCAGGAACCCCUACCGACACAUUGAAUGCAGAUGUUCCACUAGACAUCCUUAUGACGGAUGUGAAGAAAAAAUUACCCAAGCGAACCCCAUUGAGCACAGAAGACAAGCGAACCUUUUUUAUUGAAUGCGAUCUAACAUAUGAAAUUGACCAACUGACCAAUGACGACCCUAAAAAACGCCGAUGAAGCAGAGCCAAGUGUGUUCCGAUAAUUGUGGCAAAUAAUUUUGUAAAUUGAAUUUUGAUACAAGCGAAUAUUGUG